AUGGGGAUGGUUCGUAUAUCCCAGCCAUGCAUCCCCCCAUCUUGUACGCAUCCGGGUCAGGUCGCUGACUGUAUUGAAGAACUGGGAGAACAGGAAUUUGCCUACGGCGGUUCUGAUGAGCACGGCGCUGCUUCCGCCGCAGCUGCCAGAUACUAUCUUGAACAGGCUUCCCAUGAUGACCAAGCUCACGGUAAAGCCCAUGGUAAAUUGAGCGAGAGGAUCACAGACGCCCUCGAUCCCAGAUUCCAGAAACAUCACUCGAGAAAAUUCACUCCUGGAAUGGUGGUCAAGGUAUACUGGCCCCAGCCGCGAGGCCACGGCGACCUGUCCACCACGGCCCGGGAUUUCAAGGAUGAAGAAGAGCUCAUAAACUCGAAAAUCAGGCGUUUCAUCAUCGUCACCCAGGACAAUGGCCACUCGAUUGGGGUGCCAAUCUCGACGUACUCGGGCCGGGCCACCCUCAAGAAGGGGUUGAAGCCGGAAAAGCACGGGGCCAUCUACGAUGAGCGCAGGAACCUCGUCCUCAAGCACGGGGAGCCAGCGCUGGGCUUCGAACCCGUCCGUGUUCGCAUGUCUGACAAGGACGAUACGCUGCUUGCCGAAUCUCGCGUCAACUACUCCAAGAUGGUGACGAUUGAGCACAACUACCUAGUCUGGUUCAUCGGGAAGAUCAUCGAAGACGAUUACCACAUCGUCAAAAACGCCUACGAGGAAUGCUGGAUCAAAAGUAACCACGACAGCAGCUACAGCAAGGGCAACGAACACAGGCACGGCAAGCACGACAGGCACGACAGGUACGACAGGCACGACAGGCACGACAGGUACGACAGGCACGACAGGCACGACAGGCACGACAGGCACGACAAGUCGAGCCGCAAGGGCCGUCAUUGA